CCAUAUCACCGUUAUAUUCCAAACUCAACCAGCCAUCGAAUCGCAUAACCCAUCAACAAUGUCUUCCUCGACAGCAACCAAAGACUUGACCGGCCUCACUGAAACAUUCACUCACAAAACCUCUGCACACGCUUACACCAUAAAAUGGACCUCACUAGGCUCACCAGCCUCCCCACCGCUGAUCUUCAUUCACGGCACACCCUGGACAUCGCGUGUCUGGGCGCCCUACGCUCUAGCCCUCUCACGUCAAUUCCACGUUUACCUCUCUGACAACACCGGCUUUGGCCUAUCCCCACUCGAGCAACGCCUUCCCAACACAUCCUGGACACCCUCAAGCAAAGUCGAAGAGCUCGACGCCGAUUUGGCGCGGCAGACCGAGGCCUUCGCCGCACUAUUCAAAUCAUGGGAAGCGAGCGGUGACUGGGGCGACAGGAAACCACACGUCGUAGCCCACGACCACGGUGGCCUGAUGAGUCUGCGUGCCCACUUGCUGCAUGGAUGCGCAUAUGCCAGUUUGUGCUUGGUGGACGUCGUUGCGAUUGGGCCGUUUGGACAGGACUUGUUCAAGGCUAUGGCGGAGAAUCCAAAGAGUUUCGAGGAACUUCCCGAUAUGGCGUUUGAGGGGAUUCUGGAGAGUUAUGUGAGAAAUGCAGCCUAUUUUGAGUUGGAAAAGGGUGAUAUGGAGGCCUUGAAGAGGCCUUGGUUGCUGGAACCCAGAGAGGGGAAGAGAGGAUUUGUGAGGCAGAUGUGCCAGGCGGGCUCGAGAAGCACCGAAGAGGUCGAGGGAAGGUAUGCUGAGGUGGGGAUCAAGAUGCCUGUGAAGGUCAUUUGGGGUGCACAAGAUCGAUGGAUUGCGGCGAAGGAUGCCUGGAGGUUGGGCAAGGCGUUGGGUGCUCACGAAGUUGUGAUUGUCCCAGAGGCCGGCCAUCUUAUCAUGUAUGAUCAGCCAGCACAACUUGGCAUCGAACUGACGAGAUGGCUCUGUCUGCAUUGA